GGCGAUCCUCGGUGGCAGCACUCGCUCCUCUCAGGCCCCCAUGGAGGCCCCGCCCCAGCUCGGCCAGUGCAGACUCUCGCGAGGUUUGAGGCCGCGGGGUUGGCCGGGGCGGCUGCAGUAUGGCGGAGACGGAAGGAGAGAGCCUGGAAUCCUGGCUGAAUAAAGCUACCAAUCCUUCCAACCGCCAGGAAGACUGGGAAUACAUAAUUGGCUUUUGUGAUCAGAUCAACAAAGAGCUUGAAGGCCCCCAGAUUGCUGUCCGACUGCUGGCCCACAAGAUCCAGUCUCCACAGGAAUGGGAGGCGGUGCAGGCCCUGACGGUCCUGGAGGCCGCCAUGAAGAACUGUGGGAGGAGAUUUCAUAACGAAGUGGGGAAGUUCCGGUUUCUGAAUGAGUUAAUCAAAGUCGUCUCUCCAAAGUACCUGGGGGACAGGGUAUCUGACAAAGUGAAGACCAAGGUCAUUGAGCUGCUUUACAGCUGGACAGUGGCCCUGCCUGAAGAAGCAAAGAUCAAAGAUGCCUACCACAUGUUGAAGAGACAGGGCAUAGUGCAGUCUGACCCACCAAUCCCUGUGGAUAGGACACUGAUCCCCUCUCCACCCGCUCGUCCCAAAAACCCUGUUUUUGAUGAUGAGGAAAAAUCCAAGCUUUUAGCCAAGCUGCUGAAGAGCAAAAACCCAGAUGAUCUGCAGGAAGCCAACAAGCUCAUCAAGUCUAUGGUGAAGGAAGAUGAGGCACGCAUCCAGAAGGUGACCAAGCGCAUGCACACCUUGGAGGAGGUCAACAACAACGUGAAGCUGCUCCACGAGAUGCUGCUUCACUAUAGCCAAGAGCACUCGUCAGAGGCAGACAAAGAGCUCAUGAAGGAACUGUCCGAUCGGUGUGAGAACAAGAGACGAGCAUUAUUUAAACUAGCCAGCGAGACAGAGGACAAUGACAAUAGUUUGGGGGACAUCCUGCAGGCCAGUGACAACCUCUCCCGGGUCAUCAACUCUUAUAAAGCAAUUAUUGAAGGGCAGGUCAUCAACAGUGAGGAGACCACGUCAGCCGUGCCCGACUCUGAAGGAAACAGCUAUUCCAGUAAUCAAGGCACUCUCAUCGACCUUGCUGAAUUGGAGACACCCAACAGUUCACCCCUGGUGUUGGCCUCAGAGCCCAGCCCAUCCUCCUCAGGCAUCCCUGUCCUCCCUCCACCUCCCCAGACCUCGGGCCCUCCAUGCAGCCGCUCUUCCAGCCAGGCCGAGGCUCCUCCUGGGCCCAGCAGCACAAGCAACACCCUCUCCUUGCUGGACGAGGAGCUGCUCUGCUUAGGACUCUCUGACCCAGCCCCCACUGCUCUUCCCAAAGAGUCAGCUGGAAAUAGCCAGUGGCACCUGUUCCAGGGUGAACAGUCCAGUGUGGACUUCUUCAGCCCCAGGCUGGGGCCUGCUACCUGCUCCUUGGAGAGGCCCCUGCUCCCGCCUUCAGAUCUCCCAUCAAGCACGUCCCAUGCUCCACUGCCAUCUCGCUUCCCAGCUCCUGUGGUCCCAGCCAGCACACCUGGCCCCAGCGCAGUCUCCUUCAUGUUCACCUCCGGACUUGCCCCAGCUUUGGCCCCAAAGCCUGAACAUGCAGCUGCUGAGUCCCACAACUCAGCACUAGGCGACAGCACCUUGAACCACCUGGAUGCCCUUGAUCAGCUUCUAGAAGAGGCCAAAGUGACCUCAGGCUUAGUGAAACCUGUCUCCUCUUGCUUUUCCCCUGGGGCCACCGCCUCCCCCCUGCUUCCCACCUCCGUUCCAGCCAGGCCUCUCCUGCCCUUCUCCACGGGACCCGGCAGCCCUCUCUUCCAGUCACCGGCCUUCCAGUCCCAGGCAAGCCCCAUGAAGGGGCCUGAGCUCUCCCUGGCCAGUGUCCACGUGCCCCUGGAAUCCAUCAAGCCUAGCAGUGCCCUUCCUGUGACAGCCUAUGACAAAAAUGGCUUCCGCAUCCUCUUCCACUUUGCCAAGGAGUGUCCACCAGGACGACCCGAUGUGCUGGUGGUGGUGGUGUCCAUGCUGAACACAGCUCCUUUGCCAGUGAAGAGCAUUGUGCUACAGGCUGCAGUGCCCAAGACAAUGAAAGUGAAGCUGCAGCCACCCUCUGGGACAGAACUCUCUCCAUUUAGUCCCAUCCAGCCACCUGCAGCCAUCACCCAGGUCAUGCUGCUGGCCAACCCAAUGAAGGAGAAGGUGCGUCUCCGGUAUAAGCUGACCUUUGCUCUUGGGGAGCAGCUGAGCACAGAGGUGGGCGAGGUGGACCAUUUCCCUCCUGUGGAGCAGUGGGGGAACCUAUGACCCCAAAGGACGCAGUGAUCUCCACUUUUAAGCCAGGCAGGCUGGCCCGAAAUGGAGAGAGCUCCAGUCCAAUCAGUCUCAGCAUCCUGACAGCGCAUUUGUAGCUUUGAUAUGGACAUGGGGCCCUGGGGACUUCUGCUGGAAGCUAUCCUGCUGCUGUGAUAAUCUCUCUCCUUGGGCCCCUAAAAGGACUUGUUUUUAUCUACCUGUGUGACUUGAAGCGGCCAUAUACUGUCAGGGGUGGGGAAUAAAUAGCUCAUCUAUACUGCGGUACUGGGACAGUAGACCCCAGGCCUGGAGUAAGUUUUCCCCUGUAUCGGGAUCUCUGGUGCCUGGGGGAGGAUUCUAAAGAGGUCUUGGGUCCCUGCAAGAAAGGGGUCAUGGUUUGAGGCUGCAGCCCCUGUUGCCAGCCUGGGCUUCCCCUACUGGCAGGCUCUGCUGCCACCACCAUUGAGCUGGGCAAAGCCAUGGGGCCACAGUGAGGGGUUGGAGUCCUCUGGAAUCCACCUGCUUUCUGUGGGCAGCAGCAUCCUGAAUGGCCACCAAAUGAGUUCUGCACUUGUCCCUCUUGGCAGUGAUGGGCUGCAUCUUGUAGACAUAUCAGCAGGACAUGGAAUUCAGCCAAUUAGAAACAGCCUGGCUUCAUGACAGACAAGUAGGGAUAGGAAAGAAGAUGAAGAGAACCAGUUUCUGCCCUUCAAAAGGAAGGGCUGGGAGCUAUUUAGGAAAAGUGCACCUCCUGUGUAUAGACAGGCCAUCCUACUCACUACCUCCUGCUCAGCAUGAUGUAAACUGCUUUCCUUCCCCUAGCAUCUCUGAGAGGAAGGACCACUCCCACCACCCUCUGUCCUGCUUUGGCCUCUCCUUCCUGCCAGAUGUGCAUGGUGUAUGGCACCUCUGGUUGGGCCUAGGAGGCCUCAGGAUCAAGUAUGUUGCACUGAAAUUAUGUCCUUUUGUGCUACACAGAAAUCCCAACUGUCCCCCAACUACAGAGGGGGCACUGUCAGCAAGAUGUUGGCCUGGAGGUGACGAGGGAGGGGCUACACUUGAACCAAGGCUAUAACAGUGCUCGGCCCAGCUGCUCCUGGGCAAGGCAUACUGAACCACAAGGCAACAGGAAACAAAAUUAACAGCUGCCACAGAUGCUGGGGAAGGGCCAUGGCUCCUGCCCUUGCCAGGUUUCCUUGCUGUAAAUCUAGAGGUCAUCUCACCCUCCUCUCCCUCACCACCUUUAGUAAGCAGGUUUCACUGCUUCAUCAAGACAGGUCAAAAGUGAAUAGUUCUCACUAAAGGAAUAAAUCCAAGAGCUUUCUAGAGAACAGCGAAUGCAGCCCUGGGAAUGUCUAUGGGAUUACUGUGUGAAAAGCUGUACCUUAAUAAGCUUUAGACAUCAAAAUUAGUUAUCAGUGUUACUCCUACUAUUGAGGUCACUGCUUGUGACAAACAACUGUACUAGAUAUACUGACUCUGCUGCCCUUGUUUUGCUGCAUGUUAAAUAAAACUAUUUUUAACCUA